AAAAGCGGAGUGGUCCUUUAAGUUGUACCUGUGUCUUUCAGACAUGACCAGGUAAAUGAGACCAAGCAUCCAUUUUUAAAGGCUCUGCGUGUGCGUCUUGUUCUUUCUCUCCUCCCCAACACCCCGUGUAUCAAAUCAAAAAGCAGAAGAUGGGGAGGAUCUGGUAACUAGAAGGACUGCAAAUCAAUGCUCUCCGUGCAAUAAACUUGCACAGCGGCCGAACAAAAAAAGAACAAGCUGCAACAGAACUGGGCAGAUGUUGCAUCCUAAAUUUCAGGUACGGAGAGAGGAUCCUGGGAGUUGCAGUCUUUAGAAGGACAGCAAAGGCGCGCCUUGCCAGGCGGAGACUACAAUCCCAGGAGCCCGUGGGCAAACAAGGAAAAGGUAACAACUUCCUGGAAAACCCACAAUGCGAAGCCGCUGCAAGUGUGAACGGGAAGUGGCAAAAGGGAGUCGGUGUUUGCAAACCAGGCAGCCCACGCGUGGGCUGUGGAUCUACUAGGAUUUUUCUCCUACAAGUAAUAGUUGUGCCUGACUUGAUACCCUGCUUGGAGACAUUUUCACUGGCUAGAUAUGGGUUGCCGUGAAGUUCAUGCUGCAACAGUCCUGGCUUUCCUUUCUGGAACAGCUGCCUUAUCAGGACUUAUCGCUGCUGCCCUGCUUCCUAACUGGAGACAAAUGCGCCUGCACACCUUUAACAAAAAUGAAAGGAAUGCAACGGUUUACACUGGGCUUUGGAUUAAAUGUGUUCGUUUUGAUGGAAGCAAAGACUGUGUAAUUUAUGACACUGAGUGGUAUACAGCUGUAGAUCAGUUGGAUUUGCGUGUCCUCCAGUUUACUCUUCCCAUAAGCAUGUUGACUACAGUGUUGGCUCUGUUUCUCUGUUUGAUUGGCAUGUGUAACACAGCCUUCAUCUCAACUGUGCCGAACAUCAAGCAAGCCAGAUGUCUCAUAAACAGUGCAGGUUGCCAUCUUGUGGCUGGCCUCUUCUUUCUCCUUGCAUGCGCCAUUUGUUUGGCUCCGUCUAUCUGGGUCAUCUUCCAUAAUCAAGAAAUGAACAAAAAAUAUGAGCCCGUUUUCUCCUUUGACAUUUCUGUAUUCAUUUCUAUUGCCAGUGCGGGAGGUUUGCUGUUCACAGCCAUUCUCUUGUUCCUGUGGUAUUGUGCAUGCAAAACACUGCCUUCCCCUUUCUGGCAGCCCCUGUAUUCACAUGCACCUAGUGUACACAGCUAUGCUUCCCAGCCAUAUUCUGCACGGUCACGCCAUUCUGCCAUUGAAAUCGACAUCCCCGUGGUUACACAUACCACUUAAAAAAGAAGUUGGAAAAGCCAAACACCAUUUUCUGUUUCAUAACAAACGCCUAUGGAUCAGGGGACUCUCUUAUUAUUACCUGGGAGACUUCUAAAAACAAUGCAUAAGCAGCAUGUGAACAGGGUUGACAUUUUAGUUGGUAGUUUUUACAGCUUUCUUUGGGUUUACUACAGGGAGCAAUGGAGUAAGCCAAAAUAUUAGUAGUCGUGCUUGUAAGUCUCAUCAAAGCCGAUGGCGUUUAAGUAACUUUUAGUUAUCUUUUUACUUCUAUAUAUUUCUAGACAGUUUCUUCCUUGAGUUGUGCUACUGAAAAACAUGGCUGCUGGUGUUUGUAAAUUAACUUGUGAAAUUUUAAAUCUAGUAAGGCCAACUUCUAAGCAAAGCUUGUGGAGCGGGACUUUGCUGCCUCUCUUUGCAGCUCACCUUGCCACCAGUUUGGCUUGUGGGGAGUUAGGGACCCCCACAAAUAGCAUGAGGUAUGAAGAAUGGGUCAGCAGAGGGAGAAGAGAAUAUGCAACGAUUGCUCUUGGUUUCCACAGGGUUGCAAUAUGGAACAAUACCUUUGGACCCAUCCCAGGAAUUUUAAUAAUGUGCUUUGAUUGUAGCUACUUUUAUGUUAGAGAAUAAAUUUUGUGCCUGUGUUACCUCUACUACUCAUACAGGGAACAGUCAACAUGCAUUUGGUUUCCUUUGUGUUACUGGAACGGAAACUGAAAGUUAAGUUGUGUUUUCUAUUCUCCCAGUUUUCAAAAUAGUUCUUCCAUCUUAUUCCUGUUCUUUUGCUUUCCAUUGUGCAUGUAUAAAAGCUACUUGUGAAUUUUAUAGAAUUGUGUUGCCAGAUGGAUCCUUCUCUUGGGACAAAAGCCAGAGAUUUAGAAGAAGCUUACAUAAAUUUAGUUGUUGGUUUCAUAGCAAUAAUGUAGUCUGAAUUCCAUAAGCAAGUUUUCAUUCUUUAUAAAACACUUCCUAAAAGCUAUAUUUUCCUCCAGAGUUUAUUCCAACUGAGUAAGUAACCAAAAAUCCAUUUACAGUUUUAAAAAUUUAUACAGUAAAACAGAAAUAAUUCAAAUAGACUCAGGAUUAUAUAAAGCUGCUAUAUCGUUUCUAUACUUUUUAGUGUCAUCUAAAUUUUAGACUGUUACUGAAUAAGGAUUAUUUUUUUAAAGGGAUAUUAAACAAAUGGACUCUUGAUAGCUUUUUCCAAACCAAUUCUAACUUUAUAGUAACCUUUUAGACUAUCUUUUGUACAAAUAUUAUUGAAGAGACUAUUAUCAGGUGCAGUAUUUUAUUUAGAAAUUGGUUUUAACACUAGACUUCACAUAUUAAAGCUUGCGUAUAAGUUAGAAUUUUAAAAUCUUACCCUUCUUAGUCAUAAAUUGCCAAAUUAAUGAGUUUUAUGCCUCUUAUAUAAGGGAAAAAUAUUCAUGCAGUGUCAUUUCCUGUUAAAGAGAAUAUUUUCACAAAAGAUUCUGCACAUACUGUGGAACUACUAGGAUCUCUACCAAAGCAGGACUUGACCAUAUGAAUUUGUUGGCCUUAUUUAUUCUUAAAGCAAGUGCCCUGACCUGGAUGGCCCAGGCUAGAUCAAUCUCAGUCUUGGAAGCUACGCAGAGUGGGCCUUGGUCAGUACUUGGAUGAGAAACUAUCAAGCAAAGUCCAGAGUCGCCAUGCAGAGACAGGCAAUGGCAAUCCACCUCAGAUUCUCUUGCCUUGGGGGUACCUUAAGUUGGCUGUGAUUUGAUAGCACUUUACACACAUAUAGACAGUGAAGCAAUUCCUUAAAAAGAACCCAUUUACAAGCACUUUAUAGGGAAUAUUUUCCAUUACAGGUAUAAACUCCUAAUGUGUGUGCAUUCAGCUUGUUUUAAAUGGUCACUUCCAAAAUUUGCUGGCAGAAGUUUUAAUACUGAUGGUGCUAGAGUGUGGAAUAAUUGUUUGGCCCUUUCCCACUUCAGUUCAUGGGGUAUUUAUUUAUCUACAGAAUUUGCAUCCCACAUUUUUGCCCUUCUAGGUCCACAUAGGUGAUUAACAAUUUUAAAAUGUACAUGAUAAAAUUACAUUUUAAAACCAUAAAUCCUCCUCCCAAACACAUAUAAUUUAAGCAAUUAUAAACACAGUUAAAAUGCAUAGAGAUUAUUAAAAACACUGGCUAGGAAGAAGGGAUAAUUUUGUUUUGAUAAUGGAAAUGUUUCCAAUAUGACAAAGAUCCAGAAGAAUGCCGUGCAGUAGGCAUUCGGAGGUUGAAGCUGGCUGGAUUGUGGCCAGUAAAUUUAAACAUCUUGUGGCAAAUGCUGCAAAGGUUUUAAAAAGGUUGGGUAUACUUCCAUCAAUUGGGUACUACUUCCACAUCUAUUUGUUCUAUAGUAAAACCUCUUGUUACAGGAUCCUGCUCUGCAUUUUUGAAAAGAUAAUUUUAGUUCUCAUGUUGGGGCAGUUAUUUCAUAGUGAUGCUGUAAAAUGCAGGCCAAUGUAUUGGUUGCUGAUUGUUCUGUUAUUAAAACUAUAUCCUAAUAUCUCUCAAAGUUCUGUUUCUGCUUGUGGAUGCAAAAGUUGCUGAGUUUGAAUUUGGGUUUGAUCUGAAACUCUUUUGAAUGUUUCCUUGUCUAGCUUGUACAAAUGCCAGAGUUUUCUAGCAUGGAAUUAAAUAUGUGACUUUCAUCAUGUGUCUAACAACUUACCUAUGCUUGUGUUUGAAUAGGGAAAAUUAGUAGUUCACAUGUGCAGAAUUCCAGUUUAUUUAUGAUAACCAUUUUUGUGUAAAAGGAAAUAUGUAUUUUUAAUUAAAAAAGAAUUGUAUUACUGUGA